ACCAAUGAAAACAAUUUAACUAGAAAGGAAACCCCCUGUAUAUUUUGACAAAUAUGGACCGCUAAUGUUUGCAAUUAUUUCAUCGUGCUUCAGAAAGGGAACACAUUUGUUAAAUAUGCUUGGCAUACGGAGUGAAAUUUGAAUGAUUUGUUAAGCCAGACAAGUGUUAAUAGCCGAAACAGCUCAGAAAUAUAUUUGAAGAACUGCCAUAGGAAAAUAUAAACAUGAAUCCAGGAAUGAACUUGGACCAAAUGAUGAUAACACCGGAUCUUUUUACCGGCCCAUUUAAUGGGGAAAUCUCCGGAAGGACAACAAGCAAGUUUCAGCAUCUUAUGCAGAAUUCGCAUCCGACAACAACUGGAGGAGGAGAUCCUGUUCCUAGGGAUCCAUCUAUAUUCAUGCCAUCAAGCCUAGGAUCAACUAACAUAGUGAGUGAAGACCAGCUGUCAAGUCAUUUUAGUGGUAUGAGUAUGGGUCAGAUGCGUGGACGAGAUGUCAUGAUGCACGGGAUGCCAAAUCCUAAAGCAUCCGAAUUCAUUCCGGGUAUGCAGGGACAACAUGUUCAAGGCGUGCCGGGGUCACACACCUCGGAAUUUCUUCCAGGCACACGGAAUGUGCCCACAACAACAACAACAACGUUUUCGGAGAUCCCGGAAUUUGUGCCGCGCGGACAUAUAACGUCUUCCCACAUGCAAAGAUCUGGAGGUAUGCUUCGCCCAAGCGUGAGCGCCACAUCAUUAACGUCGAUGGGUUCAUCCGAGGCACAUGGCCCAUACAGUGUUCAGAUCGGAAUGGGCUUGAAGACAAGCGCAAGUUCAACGGCCUUGACGACCCUUGGCAGUGACCUAACAGCCGGAUCAUUAUCUGCGGGUGCAUCUCCGCUUCAUUCACCAGCUCACUCACCUGGAACCAGGCGGAAAGAGCUGAAUAAACAUGGUUCGCAGGAUCCUAGUUCCAGUGGGAAAGCAACGAUACAAGAAAACAUCGGUGGAACAACAUAUUUCUACACGGAACAGCAAUUAUCACAGGAAGCAAGUCAACUCAGCGGUCUGGUGCUUCCUAAUUUCCACAUGUAUCCAUCGGUGCCCCCUCAUGUGGCAUAUAUGAAGCAGAAGCCCCAUGGUCCGUCAUUCUUCAUGGGGGAGGACAUUAAGGUGGACAUUCUCCACAGACAUCUGGUGACACUUGCCCAGAUAGACCCAGCAGAACAUCCUGACAUUCCACAGGAGGUUGAUAAGUACCACACACUCUACCCCCUGGAGGUUGCCCCCAAGGGGCCCAUGGACAAAAAUAGUACAUUUGGCUACAGUACACAGUGUUUCAAGGCAGUUAACAGUAAAGACAAUAAGACAUACUGCUUACGUAGAGUCAUAGGUUUCAAAGUGGCUAAUUCACAGUGGAUGACAUUAGUGGAUAUGUGGAAGAAGCUACAACAUUCCAAUGUGGUCUCAUUACGUGAAGUGUUCACGACCAAGGCCUUUGGGGAACAUUCCAUGGUUUUUGUACAUGAUUAUCAUCCUGGAGCCAUGACCUUAAUGCAGAGGCAUUUUCAUCACAAAGGACGUAAUUCAUUCAUGAAAAAUCGCAAUGGUCCCCGAGCAUCACAUGGUCUUUUACCGGAGAACCUUCUGUGGACGUACAUCGUGCAAAUCAGCUCGACAAUCCGUUCCAUACACGCUGCAGGCCUAGCGUGUCGUGUCAUUGACCCAAGGAAGGUCCUUAUCACGGCGCGAAAUCGUCUGAGGUUAAAUUGCGUGGGAAUAUUUGACGUUUUGACGUACAACUCGAAUCAGGGAAAUCUCAUAACAGUGAUACCACACUACCAACAAGAUGAUCUGAUGGCUUUUGGGCGCAUGGUUUUAGCAUUAGCUUGCAACUCUCUGGACGGGCUUCACCGCGACCAAAUAAAUGCGUCAUUAGAACUUGUCUCGGUCAAUUACUCCAGUGAUUUGAAAAACCUUAUUUUGUAUUUGUUGACCACUCAAGGGAGGCCGAAAAGCAUCAACGACAUUAUGCCCAUGAUUGGUGCACGUUUCUACACGCAGCUGGAUGCGGCUUACAUGAGGUCAGACUCCGUCGAGGAAGAACUUGCCAAAGAAGUUCAGAAUGGUCGCUUGUUUCGACUGAUCGCAAAAUUUGGUGUCAUUAAUGAGAGGCCAGAAUUUAACGGUGAUCCCGCGUGGUCAGAAACCGGAGACCGGUACCUGUUAAAGCUCUUCCGUGAUUAUCUUUUUCAUCAAGUGAAUGAGGCUGGAGCACCGUGGAUUGACAUGGCGCAUAUUGUACACUGUUUAAACAAGCUUGAUGCCGGCGUGCCUGAGAAGGUUUGUCUGAUGUCGCGGGAUGACCAGAACGUACUUGUGGUGUCCUACGCCGACUUGAAGCACUGCUUUGAAACAACGUUCGAGGAAGUCCUGCACGCAAGUCGAGGCUCUACCCAGAUACCAGAUGUUUAGUAAAACAACAUGAAAAUUUCCUGAACAUUUUGUACUUGGCAAGGUAAACCAGCUUCGUAGGGCAAAUCACACAUAGGACACUUGUUUCAAUGCCCAUUUUUCUCUUGCGUAGCCAUUUCUCUUUCAUAUAUGGUCAUGGGGUUUGUAAGGUGCAUUGAUAUCAGUUGGUGUCUAAUGAGACAUACCUGAAGAACAGAGAUGGCAGACAACCUGUGAUAAAGAUCUGGAGAGGACAUACUAGAGUAUUGCUAAGAUAGGCAGUGUCCUUGCAAGAGAUCCAGUAUUUUGGUAGGAUACUCCUUUAUUCUUUGCUGAAUACUCUGGGUCUUGGCAAGACAGCAAGGGCUGUUUGCAAGAGCACCUAAGGUCUUUUCACGUCACCAGAUGUCUUACAUGGACACUCAGUUUCAAAGAGCCUUUACAAGGACACCUAAGUUAUUUUCAAGUCACCAAAUGUCUUGCAUGGACACUUAGUGUCCAAGAGCCUAACAAGGACACCUAAUGUCUUAUCAGGUCACCAGAUGUUUUACAUGGACACUCCGGAUCUUUGUAGUAUAUCCAUAAGAUUCAUCCAGUGUCAUAUCAGGUACCCAGAGUCUCUUACAUCACCAGUUGUCUUGGUAAACACCUGCGAUUUUCAUAUGACUUCUUGGGUCUUGUGUAAGACACCCAGAAUACAUCAUCUGUCUUGUCACUCUAUACAGCAGACCACAUAUUUAAUUUUACUCCAUGUGUUUGUAAAGCGCAACCAUUAGUAAAUGUAUUGACCACCCACUGAUAUUUUAUUGCAGAGAAAUCCUGUUCCUCAGCUGCUUUCUCCCUUCUUGGACCCUUUGGGGGAGAUGCAAGAUUUUUAUCAUUGAAGUUUGUUACCUAUUGAUAGUCCUACCAUUUGUGUAGUGAUAAACCAUAAUAGUACAUAAUUCAAAUGUUUAAUUUUCCUGGAUAUAAAGGAAAUCAUUAAUAAAAUUGGAUCAUUCCUAAAUAUCUGCAUUACUAUAUUAUGAGCAGAUUAAUUGAAUUAAAAAAAAAUUAAUAACAUUUUUAAAGAUUUUUAAAUAAUUAAGUUCCCACUAAUUAUCAUAAUUUAUGAACGUUUUAAAAGUAGCCAAGACGCCAUAAGAUAUUUUGUUUUCUAGCAGACUCUUCUGAGGGAAUUUCAUUCAGUGAUAUUUAUUAUUCUAAAAGAUAUUUUUUCACUCUCUGGUUACAGAUGUAACCAGAAUAAAGGUUUUCGAUCAAAUUUGGCCCACUCUAGUCCAUGUAGUAGUACUGUAGCUACCAUAAGAUCUAAUUCUCCCACCCACAGUUAAAAGUAGGAAUUUCUGUUGAGACUUAAAUUACUGAUAAAAAAAAAUUGUUUACCUUUUUAUAAAUAAAAAAUUUCUCUGGAUGCAAGUUUUUUUUUCAUAGAGUUUAGAUGCAUAACUAAUUUGUACUUCACCUUUAAGAUGGUCAGAUUUAGCAAAGAGAUAAAAUUUAUUUAAAGGGACAUUUACUGCUGAACUGAUUUUUAUACAUUCCCUUAAGACAACAUAACUUAACAUACCUACCAGUUGUCUAUACAGUAUUUAUAUUUCAAUUCACUGCCAGCAACAGUAUCAAAAUUGUUGUCCUAAAAUUACAAUAUUUUUUAAUGCUCCUAUUAUUUUAUUUGAUAAGACACUUCUAAAAUUUUAAUGGAAACAAUCUCUUCAAAAUAAUUUGGAAGAAUCGGUUAACUUUUAAUGACUGGUUCUGAAAUACCAUUGUCUUGCUUUAUAUUGUUCUUUCAUUGGGACAGAAAUCAUAUGACUUCCUGGCAACCAGUUAUGAGAGUCUACAGUCGCUGAUUUGUAAUACGAUGUAGCAAAUUAUUUGCUGCCGUUAUUUCCUUGGCUUUCGUUCAAGUCUUGGAUGAUUUAUAAAUAACGUGUAUAUAAGUUUACUUGGAGGGCAUAGAUACUUGACUCCAUACUUGUACAAAUGGUUAACAGCUCCAGUUUGGACCAAAGAGAUUAGGGAAGAAAAACAGUGCAUUAAUGAGUUGCAGCAAAAAAAGCCAUUAUGUAACAAUUUCAUAGUUUUUUUUUUUGUUACAGAAAUUAUCUUAAAAUUGGGCCUGGACGACAAUAAGGGAAAGCAAACGGCCUACACAUACUAGUAGCGCCCAGUAGUUUUAUGGCCUCCAUUAAACAGCCCUGCUUAAUCAUUUGAUGGCCUCUGAUUACCAUCUGUGCUUUUGUAGUUUGAUAGCCUCCGUUAACCAGCCACAUUUAGUGAAUUUGAUAGCCUCCACUUACCAGUUGCAGUUACUAAUUUAAUGCCCUGUGUUUCAAAUGUAAACCUUAGUUUUUGAUACAGGUUGAUAUAUUUACUCCUACUUAAUUUAUUUUUUAGUUGGCCCACAAUUAUAUGAUUCAUCCCGGUCUCCUGGUUUGGCUGUCAUAACAGCGUGCAGCAUUUAUUGAACGCAUGAAUGUAACUCCUUGUCCAGACUAUAAAAUUUUACUUGACAAAAACAUGUUGCAUGCCUGAAUAUGGUCAUGAUGACAUCAUAUCACAUCAUGACCAUAUAUGUCCGUAUAGUCAUUAGGUGACCAUAUAUAGGCACAUAAUGACUAUAUACGGGCACACAAUAAUUUUUUUUUUGUCAAAUACAAUUUCAUAUUCUGGAUAGGGCCUAACGAUUGGUCAUAAAACCACAGCAUUAAUUUAUAGAAUAUAAAUAAUUAUCAAAAAUAUGACUUAAAUCAUCCAAUCUCUGUAUUCUGUGUUAAAUAAGUGAAAAUAUUUUGUAUUAGAAAACUAAGUUUCUAUAAUUCACUCCAAAAUUCUGUCAUAAAAUCUUCCACAAUACAGUUGUGCCUUUGAUAGUACCAAAUGUGUUAACAGUUUACAAGCAAGCAUCUGUGUCUUCUCUUUCCUUUAAUGUAGUCCAGACUAUCAAGUUUUGUAACUAAACAUGGUUAUGAUGACAUCAUAUCAUGACCAUAUAUAGACACAUCAUGACUAUAUAUGGGCGUUCAACAUUUUUUUGUCAGAGAAAAUUUGAUAGUCUGACAGGGGUUAACUUUGUUUACCGCAGUGCAUGCACGGUUUCAGUUUUACUGUAUGUCAUGGUUUUAAAUGACUGAUUUAAUUGAGUGUUAAAAAGCAGAAAUUGUUCAACCAAAUACAAUUUUUUUUUUUAACUAUAAUUCAUUUCCUGUUAAACCUGAUUUUUAUUUAAAAUUUUCUCAUUGAGGCCCAAUAAAUAUAUUAGAUUAUUGCCUGCAUAAAUUUUGUCAGAAUCCCUGAUUUUACACCCCACCCACUUUUUUUUUUUAAUUAGGUUAUGGCUCCCGUUACCCUGUCUAACCCAUUUAUAGGGAAUGCUAUUGUCGAAAAAUUGAUGUAUUUAACAUGUUCAGCCAAUUUCUAUUAUGUGCAAUGACCAUGUUUUUUUUUUUUCCAUGGCUAACUUUGUUGAAUUGGCAUGAUUGAAAUAUAUAUAUAUAUCAAACCCUUCCUAAUCACUUUUCCAAGGGGUAGUGAUUAAUCAUAUUUGUGGGAGAUUAGCCAGCUGUUUUAAUCUUUGGCAUGGUCUAAUAUUAAUUAGAUCAGCCAUUCCAAAGCCAAACAACAUAAUUUAACAAAAAUAUAAAAGUAGUUACGUUGUUUUUCCAACGGACGGCCGAGAUGCUCCGCACUACAUGUACUGUCCUUCAUAUAUUACCGGCCGUAUAUUCACAAUGCGCUGCGGUAAACAAGGAUUACUACUGUACUAAACGGGAAUGAUACGUGCAAGGCUGUUUGCGAAUCUUCCGCAAAUGUCAUAAGCAUCUUAUAUUCUGUUUAUUCUUGCCUAUGUACUUUUGUUUUUAACGCAAGCUUUAGAAAGGUGUAAAUAAGAUUUUUGUUGUGCAAUAUAUGACAUGUGUAAAAACAUGGCGAAAUGAUUCACAAUUUGAUACAAAUGCACCGUGAAAGAUGAUUUCCAAAUGUGUUCUUUUUGAUAAGUAAAUGAAUUUUUCAAAACUUAUAUACUUGGUGAAACAAAAGCAAACAUGUGGAAAAUGAAUAUGCAUGGUGUUGUUUUUUGCCAUCAUGUUUUCUUCAGCUGUUAUUGACUUUGCUACAAAUGACUUUUGCAGCUGGUGGGCUGUUGUUUGAUAGGAAUUCACUCUUAUUGAGGCUUGCUAUUUAGGCUGUGAAACCGCAGUCGUGAUAGGUAAAGACAACAGUAACCCAAUGCACUAAAUUUGAUAGCUUAGGUCUACUUGGCAACGUGCAAACCCAGAUUUUAAAAUUUCAAAAUAAUUGGGAAAAAAAAAAUGGUGGAAAUUAUAUGUGGGGAAUGGGGGGGUUUGAAUGUGUUUUUAUUCUCUACUGAAGGAGUAGAUUUGUUACUGUAUGUAUGGGUGGGUGAGUGUGUCUGUGUGUGUGGGGAAAUGUGUAUGGAUAUUUGUUUAGGUGCGUAUGAGGAUAUCCAUGAGAGUUUGUGUACAUUUAAUCCUCAGUGGUUUUUAUAUUGAAAUGUAUCUAAUUUCUUGUCAGUACUCGGUUUGUUUUGGACGUAAUCUCUGGGUUUGCACGGUCUAGCCUUAUCGCAUAGGUCUCAUAUAUUUACGCAAUAAGUUCUGAUCAUUGCUUCUUCCAUUUGUAAAAGUAUAGCUCUCGAAUUCGACUCCAGAGCGAAUUCAUUAUCAGUAACCAUUACAAUAUGAAAUUUAAAUUUGCUCUAUUUUAUGAACCUUUUAUUCUAUUUUUCCAGUUUUCAUGUCACCUUGAUCAAUUUCAACAUUGUCACGGAAAUAUUGAAAUAUUUGUAUUAAAACAUUAAAAAAAAUCAAAUUUAACAAAAUUAUAAUUCCCUGUUGCAAUGUAAUAAAUGCCACUGAAAUAGCUCAUGCUGUUACCAUAGCAACUAGCCACUUCUUAAUCUAAAAAGUUUUUAUUUUAGUAUUCAUACUUAGGCUAAGUAUAUGGUUUAUUUUUUUGUUGUUUUUUGGUCACAAAUGUCUUGGUUUUAUAUAUUAAUGUUAUACUGAGUUCUAUUUGUAUAUCUAGACUAGUAUUAUUAUUUUCCUUGGCUAAAUAAGGAAACAGGUCCUGCUAGGGUAUUCUCUUAAAAGCCAAUGGGAAUGAAGUAUACACAUACAAAUCCUCACACCCUUUACACACACACAUACUUGUAGGCCCAACUUUGAAUGAUUAGAAGUGGAUAUAAAGGUUACAUUUUAAGUGUUUAAGCCUAACUUUUACCAGGUUCAGAGAAAAUAUAUUCUGUGUCAUAGGUGGGCUAAAUCUACUCAAACAUAGCAUUAAACAUUCAUGUGCUACAUUGAUUUUGCAUCAUGAGGAUGUUUACUUAAUGUAGUAUCGUUGAUGAUAGUAAAUUUAAAGUGAAUUUCAUGCUUCUUAGAAAUCAACCUGUUUCUUCCUGAUUAGCGAUAAAUAUCGUCUGCUGAUGACAUCCUUAUAAGGAGGUGUAUUAUUGCUUAUAUUGUGUAAUAUUCAUUGAAUGAUUACAUGACUAUUGCACAAGACCUGCGGUUGUUAUUUUACCUCAUACUUUUACCGGUUUCUGUGUUAUAGAUCAAGAAAGUUGGUCAAAUCUAGGUGAAAUCAUCUUGAAAGGUCAUAAGGAAGUUAUUUAAAAAUCUAGUUGAGGAUGCUAAAUAAAAAUGUGGAAACUCCUCGAAAAUAUUUGAAAUAUAAAAUAAUUAAUUGUAAAGCUAUUAAAUUUAUGGGAAAAUACCUGUGAUUUGCUAAUAUAGAUGUACAGUAUGAUAUGAGGAAUGUGGAAAAAAGGAUGGUUUUUGCCCCUUUUUCGUCCAGUUUUUAAAUAUUAAAAAAUCUGUAUCCCAUUAAA